GCAAUAUAAAACGAUUUACAAACUUGUUGCUGUGAUUGUUCUUGAUAUGCAGCUGUAAGUCUUAAGCUCAAAAGAGCUUACGUUGCAAUUCUAGCAACUAAGGAAAGAGCAGCCACCAACAGUAACGGCAAUGCAACACUUUGUUUACAUUGCGCACGUCAGUUGAUAAGCGUGUGUGAGUGAGUGCGCGUGAAUGUGGGUGUUGGGGCUAGAAUUUAUCACUCGCUAAAAAAAUUCCACGGAAAACACAGCCACUGUCGCAGUUUACAUUAAGAAGCAGAGCUACGUCGACGUGGCCUUAGGAAACACAGCACAAACAAAAGAAAAUGUGUGGCAUAUUUGCAUAUCUGAACUAUCUAACACCCAAGACGCGACAGCAGGUGCUCGAACUGCUGCUGCAGGGCCUGAAGCGUCUGGAGUACCGUGGCUAUGACUCAACGGGCGUAGCCAUAGAUGGACCCGGACAGGAUAUUAUUAUGGUCAAGCGCACGGGCAAAGUCAAAGUGCUGGAGGAUGCCAUAGCAGAGGUGUGCCAGGGCGACGGCUAUGCUGAACCCGUGGAUAUACACAUAGGCAUCGCACAUACGCGCUGGGCCACGCACGGUGUGCCCUCUGAGCUGAACUCGCACCCGCAGCGCUCGGAUGAGACCAACAGCUUCGUGGUUGUGCACAACGGCAUCAUCACAAACUACAAGGACGUCAAGACGCUGCUGGAGAAACGCGGCUAUGUGUUUGAGUCGGAUACGGAUACGGAGGUUAUUGCCAAGCUGGUGCAUCACUUAUGGCAGACACAUCCGGGCUACACCUUUGGCGAGCUGGUGGAGCAGGCUAUACAGCAAAUUGAAGGCGCCUUUGCCAUAGCAUUGAAAUCGAAGCAUUUCCCAGGUGAAUGCGUUGCCUCGCGUCGCGGCUCGCCUUUGCUGGUGGGCAUUAAGGCCAAGACCAAGCUGGCCACAGAUCAUGUGCCCAUCUUGUAUACCAAAGCGCAUCGUCCGCAUGGUCAGGCACAAUUUCAGCUGCUUCCGGGCGGCAGCAUGGAGGUCACUGCGGAGUUUCAGCCGCUGGAGCACAGGGAGGUGGAAUAUUUCUUUGCCUCGGAUGCCUCAGCAGUUAUAGAGCACACUAACCGUGUGAUCUAUCUGGAGGAUGAUGACGUGGCUGCUGUCAAACGCGAUGGCACAUUGAGCAUACAUCGCCUGAACAAAUCCUCAGAUGAUCCGCAUGCUCGUGAGAUUAUAACACUCAAAAUGGAAAUACAGCAGAUUAUGAAGGGCAAUUAUGAUUACUUUAUGCUCAAAGAGAUUUUCGAGCAGCCCGAGUCUGUGGUGAAUACAAUGCGUGGACGCGUGCGCUUCGAUACCCAAAACGUUGUCUUGGGCGGCAUCAAGGAGUACAUACCGGAGAUUAAGCGCUGUCGUCGCCUCAUGCUUAUUGCCUGCGGCACCAGCUAUCACAGCGCUGUGGCCACGCGUCAGCUGCUGGAGGAGCUCACCGAGCUGCCUGUCAUGGUAGAGCUUGCCUCUGAUUUCCUCGAUCGCAACACGCCCAUCUUCAGAGAUGAUGUCUGCUUCUUUAUAUCACAAUCUGGCGAGACGGCGGAUACUUUGAUGGCCUUGCGUUAUUGCAAGCAACGUGGCGCGCUUAUCGUGGGAAUCACCAACACCGUGGGCAGCAGCAUUUGCCGUGAAUCCCACUGCGGCGUGCAUAUCAAUGCAGGUCCGGAAAUAGGUGUAGCCUCUACCAAGGCCUACACAUCGCAGUUUAUUUCGCUCGUCAUGUUUGCCCUGGUCAUGUCUGAGGACCGCUUGUCACUGCAACAGCGCAGGCUGGAAAUUAUUGCUGGACUUGCCCAGCUGGAUGAGCAUAUUCGCCAUGUGCUGCAGCUAAACUCGCAGGUACAAGAGCUGGCCAAGGAACUCUACCAACACAAAUCCCUGCUUAUAAUGGGUCGUGGCUUUAAUUUUGCCACCUGCCUAGAAGGCGCACUCAAGGUCAAGGAGCUCACUUAUAUGCACAGCGAGGGAAUCUUGGCUGGCGAGCUGAAGCAUGGGCCACUGGCGCUGGUCGAUGAUGAAAUGCCCGUGCUAAUGAUUGUUCUACGUGACCCUGUUUAUAACAAGUGCAUGAAUGCUCUGCAGCAGGUCACCUCCCGUAAGGGUCGGCCCAUUCUAAUAUGCGAGGAGGACGACCAGGAGACCAUGGCCUUUUCCACACGCUCCUUGCAAAUACCACGCACCGUCGACUGUCUCCAGGGCAUACUCACAGUCAUCCCAUUGCAACUGCUUUCCUAUCACAUUGCCGUUCUGCGCGGAUGUGACGUGGACUGUCCACGCAAUCUGGCCAAAUCCGUAACCGUCGAGUAGAUACAGCCUCUAGCCCCCAACUACAAAAUUCCAUUUUACUGGCCAACGUUAAGUUUAUAGUUUAUUGUAAUAAAAAUAAGCGCAUUGAUUUAUUUUCCCUUAA